AUGGCUACAAUCACUACGAACGUUGAAAACAAAGAUAAUGGUAUCUCAUUAAUUGCAGCUCAUAGUCACAUCACAGGGUUGGGAUUAGAUGAAAAUUUGAAACCUCAAGAGAAUGCCCAAGGUAUGGUUGGUCAAUUAAAAGCCAGAAAAGCUGCUGGUGUGAUAUUGAAAAUGAUUCAACUGGGUAAAAUUGCUGGAAGAGCAGUUUUAAUCGCUGGUCCUCCAUCAACUGGUAAAACAGCAAUUGCCACCGGUUUAUCACAAAGUUUAGGUGACGAAGUUCCAUUCACUGCCAUUGCUGGAAGUGAAAUCUUCUCUUUAGAUUUAUCAAAAACUGAAUCAUUAAUUCAAAGUUUCAGAAAAUCAAUUGGUAUUAGAAUCAAAGAAGAAACUGAAAUAAUCGAAGGUGAAGUUGUUGAAAUUCAAAUUGACAGAUCUAUCACUGGUGGUCACAAACAAGGUAAAUUAACCAUUAAAACUACUGAUAUGGAAACCAUUUAUGAAUUAGGUAAUAAAAUGAUUGAAAGUUUAACUAAAGAAAAAAUUUUGGCUGGUGAUAUCAUUUCCAUCGAUAAAUCAUCAGGAAAAAUUACCAAAUUAGGUAAAUCUUUCACUAGAGCUAGAGAUUAUGAUGCCAUGGGUCCAGAAACUAAAUUUGUUCAAUGUCCUGAAGGAGAAUUACAAAAACGUAAGGAAGUUGUUCAUACCGUAUCAUUACAUGAAAUUGAUGUCAUAAACUCCAGACAACAAGGUUUCUUAGCAUUAUUUUCUGGUGACACUGGAGAAAUCAGAUCAGAAAUCAGAGAUCAAAUUAAUACCAAAGUCGCCGAAUGGAAAGAAGAAGGUAAAGCUGAAAUCAUUCCAGGGGUUUUAUUCAUUGAUGAAGUUCAUAUGUUAGAUAUUGAAUGUUUCUCUUUCAUAAAUAGAGCUUUAGAAGAUGAAUUUGCUCCAAUUGUUAUAAUGGCCACCAACAGAGGAAUUUCCACCACAAGAGGUACUAACUACAAAUCUCCUCAUGGUUUACCAAUGGAUUUAUUAGACAGAUCCAUCAUCAUUCACACUACGAGCUAUAAUCAAGAAGAAAUCCAAAAAAUCUUAUUGAUCAGAUCUCAAGAAGAAGAAAUUGAAUUAACUGGUGAUGCUUUAGCUUUAUUAACCAAAAUUGGUAAAGAAACAAGUUUAAGAUAUGCUUCUAAUUUGUUAUCUGUAUCUCAACAAAUUGCUUUGAAAAGAAGAUCAAAUGUUGUUGAUUUGAACGACAUUAAAAGAGGAUAUAUGUUAUUUUUAGAUUCUGACAGAUCAGUUCAAUACUUGCAAGAAAACAAAAAUCAAUAUAUUGACAAUGAUGGUAAAGUCGUUAUUGGAAAUGACGAUAAAAUGGAAACUGAUUAA